GCGUGUUUUGUCUCUGUGUAUGUCGAGGUUCUUGUCCACCCCUGCACGGCACGGUUCAGCCCAGCACAGCUCCGGGAGGAGCGUCGCAGAUAGGCAGGGAGAGGGAGGGACGGCGAACCGCAUCAGCUCUGCCAUUGCGCACAAAACAAACCAUCGGUGUGUCAACAGACGACUACCGACGUUCUCCGCCUUCUGGUUCGGUUGGAUUUACUGAGGCGUCUGCUGCAGCUGCAAGGAGGCAGACUACAGGCGGUGGAGCCACUGCAUCAGGAAGGUCAGGAGCGGAGGACUCAAUCAGCGGAGGCAGGCAGGAACAGGGACCCCGUCCGAAACACCAGGACCCGCCCGGCCGCAGCUUCCCCCCGCUGCGCACGAGCUCAUUGACUGUCACAGCUGUCAACCAGAUUCCAAUCUGAAUGAGCAUUUGUGGGAUGAUCCAGAACGAGCAAGAUCCAUCCUGCAACCCACAGGAUCCACUGCCAAUGUCCCUGUGCCAGACACCACAGGACACCCUCAGAGGUUCUGUGUCUAUGCCCCAACGGGUCAGCUGUGUUUUGGUGGCAAAAGAGGUACCUGCACAAUAUUAGGCAGAGAUGUCAAACAAUGACAUGAUGCAAGACCCAUCUGAUGAAGAGUGAAACGAGGACGACACUAACGGAUAAACUCAAGAGGAGUGAGAGGCAAAGGAGGAGACAAACAAAUCCAGCACAGGAGAACAAAGAGAAACUGAAGAGUCAGUAAAAGGAAGCAGGGAGAUGUGGGGAGCUCUAUGAAAGAUGAUAUUUGUGAUAGAUAGAAACAGGAAGACUUGAAGGGAGGAAAACAACACAAAGUCCUUAAAAAGACAGACAGGAUUUAAAGUGAAAGAAAGGAAGCCACAGAGAAGUUGGAAGGAAUAGCAGAAGGGCUGGUUGAGGGAGGAAAGAAACAUCUGGAUGGUCUCCACGGUGACAGCCAGCUGGUUACGCGCCCUCCGAAGAUGGCCUCCAACUUCAACGACAUUGUCAAGCAGGGCUAUGUGCGCAUGCGCAGCCGCAAGCUGGGGAUCUAUCGGCGUUGCUGGUUGGUUUUUAAGAAGUCAUCCAGUAAAGGACCUCGUCGACUGGAGAAAUACCCCGAUGAGAAGUCUGCCUACAUCAGAGCUUGUCCUAAGGUGACAGAGAUUAGCAACGUCAAGAAUGUCACUCGGUUGCCUCGGGAUACCAAGCGACAGGCUGUGGCCAUUGUGUUUACAGAUGACACGUCACGCACCUUCACCUGUGAAUCAGAGCUGGAGGCAGAAGACUGGUUCAAGACACUGUCAAUUGAGUGUCUGGGCAUGCGGCUCAAUGAUAUCAGUAUGGGAGAGCCUGACUUGCUGGCUGCUGGGGUGCAGUGUGAACACACAGAGCGUUUCAACGUGUUCCUCCUCCCCUGUCCCAACCUGGACAUCUACGGGGAGUGCAUGAUGCAGAUAACUCAUGAGAACAUCUACCUGUGGGACAUUCACAACCCUCGCACCAAGCUGGUCACCUGGCCACUCUGCUCCCUGCGGCGCUAUGGACGUGACGCCACCCGCUUUACCUUCGAAGCUGGAAGGAUGUGUGACAGUGGUGAAGGCCUCUACACCUUCCAGACCAGAGAGGGAGAGCAGAUCUACCAGAGGGUUCACUCUUCUACACUGGCCAUUGCUGAGCAGCACAAGAAAGUCCUGCUGGAGAUGGAGAAAAACAGCAGGUUAAUGUCAAAAGGUUCGGAGCCUGGCUCCUACCCCUGCACCCCCACUGCCAUCCUGCCCCGAUCUGCCUAUUGGCACCAUAUCACUGGAAACCAGACCAGCAUGGAUCCUGGCGCUGGUGAUGCUUCAGAAGACGACCUGCUGUCUACCCACUUGCCUCCUGACCGCCAUGCCACGCUGCCCCUGGCAAACACACAUGCACAAUCCCAGCCGCACAUACACUCACACUCCCCGACACGCUAUCCCACCUACCCUGGACAGUGACAUACACCCACGCUCACACACAAAGAACAGGAUGCGAACAUUGAGAAAGAUGCACACACAUUGCCCCAUGCAUGCAAGCACACACAGUUCACAAAUAAACACACAUUCUCCCGUCUUGUGUUUGUUUUACAGGCCAACGUUACACCUCACAGGACAUGUUGAUGGCAGGACUAACACAGACUAUCUUGAAUGCAGAAGGCAGAAAGAAUAAACACAAUUCUGCAAAAGACUGCAAGGCGAUUGGGCCUCCUUACACAACUGCAGCUCCCAGAGUUCCACAGUAGAGAGGGCAUAUUUGAUGUUUUUUCCACACUCAGGCAGAUUUGUCAUAUAUUGCCUAUUGAUUAAAGACAGGACUCAGUGCUCUCAGUAUGCUUUAAAUCACCUAGGCUGUAUUCAGUGUUGUCCGACCCCAUCUAAAAACAGGGGUGUUUAUGUGUGUUCUGAAUGGCCACUCCAGAGGGCAGGGUGAAAAACCUUCAUCAAUAGUUUGUGGGAAAUUUUUUAAUGAAUUUAUCUGUUUAGUUGAACCUAUGAUUCAAUAGUAGAUGUUUGGCGGCAUGCAAUACAACUGAUAGCACAUGUUACAAAAUUGUGGAGUGUAACAACACAGCAUUUGCUUUCAUUGGCCAAUACUGGUCAGUCACCUACCUAGUUCUCCCCACAUCAUACCACAGCUCAAUUUCUCAUAUUCAUAUGCACAUAAAUAUCUAUUUUCAACUCUGUUUGUGUCAAAACUAACACUUGGAUCCAUUCUUGUUUUUAUUAAAACUGGACUAGCCUAGCAACUCUCCCUUAUGUGACAUUACAUACAAUUUGUUAGGAGGAUAUGAAAAUAGCAGUGUAUGUCUAAAUAUAUAUAUAUUUUUUUAAAACCAGUCAAUCAACCGUCCAUAAACUCCUUAUAAUUGCCUAAUAAUUUUACCAGGAAAUUUAAUGCAUAGAACUAUAUAAUGUGGUUCCUAUUAUAGAGAAAAUAGGAAUUUCCUUAAAAGAAAUGCUCAUUGAAAGUAAUUUUUGACAGUUUUCAUGUAAAUGGACUGUACUCCUCCAGUCAUAUCGACAACUCGAAGUGCUUUACACUAUUGGUUACAUCUACCCAUUCACACACACAGUCAUACAGCACUUGUUGUAUGUUUAGAGUGCUCUAACACGUGCAAACACAUUCACACACCAAUUGUAUGGCACUGGGGACAAUUUUGGAUUCAGUAUCUUGCCCCAGGAUACUUGGGUCUGCAGUGAAACCUAGAGCCACAUUAUGUAAGCCUUUAAGGAGGGACUGUCCAAGUGUGUGUUAUUAUCUGUGUGAUUGAUGAUUCAUUGUGUCAAGACUACAAACAUAAAGCAGGGUUUUCACCCCACCCUCGAACAUGGCCAUUAAGGACAUGUAUAAACAUAUUUGUAAUGGGUUGGAUGACAUAUCAUAGAAACUAGUCUGUUUGGUAGUUUUUUUUUAGGGCAGAAUCCAACUUUUGGUCAAAUUUCCAAUAUUUUUUAGAUUUGUGUAUACAGUAGGACUAGCAAUGCUGGAUCUGAUGGUUUCACCCCAAGAGUUCAGAAGGUCUGCAUGGCUAACAGGGGAUCAACAUCAAUAAGCCCAGUGUAUUAGAUUAACACUGCAUGGACCGGGGCUGCAUGGUGCCUUAAUAGCACCACAUGGACUGUGCUAUCAUUGGAACUACACCUAGAAUUCUCAAGUGGAAAAUUCCCAGUGUACUAGUGCCAGCUGACACACUUGUAUGAAGAUCACUUGAUAAUUUCACUGUAUCCACAUCUGGAUUGAUGCCUUUUGAUUUUGCUGGUAACUGAUGUGAUUUUGCAGUUACUGGAUCAGUUUGUUGUACUGAGGUUUUGAACCACUCUGAACUGUAGAAUGAAACAAUGAUUAGAUUCAUUUGUAUGGAUUGGCUCCUGUACUGAUCUGGAUCUUUACCCAUACAGUUUCAGACUUUCUCUGGGAUGUAUCCUAUUACUCCUCCUUGUAGCCACAUGCUUCUGUUGAGCUAUAUUUGCACACCCCUGUUAUUUUGCUGUUAUUCGAGGUUUAAAAGUUGAAGAGGGGCUUAAAGUGUAGAAUUUAACAGAUAUGGAUUUUUUUUUUUAACUCAUACUGAUGAUUCAUUAGGAUAGGACCUCACAAUAGCUGAUAUUCAGUGUCUUUAUAAUUGUCCCCUUGAGUGCCAGAUAUUAAGUUUCCUCUUCUAUUUUAGUGACAACCCCCUAAAUAAUGAAAUGACUGACUCUCAUUGGUGUGCACAAACUCUCGAAAGGGCAGAGGUGGAAAUGAAACAGAGUUAGGGUUCACACCUGAGCAGUACUUGAAAUAGAGGGGCUUACAGAGGUCCUCAGUGAGCUUCAAAUUGCCUAUAAGAUGUGUGACAUUAGGUCAGAAAUUAAGCAUGGAAUUGUCCCGUUGGGCCACAGACACAUCAUGGUUAAAUAAAGGUUUCAUUUUUUCCCAAUGGUCAUGCCAGAGCAGCACAUGAACCAUUCAAGAGGGAAACAAUGAACCCUGGAAAAGAAAUCCCUCUGUUGGCCUGUUUAGUAAAGAUUUCUUUUACCUCACAUAUAUGGCCUAUUUCACACCUUUUUGUUUUCCACUUAGUUUAACUCUUGAGGGUCAGGAUACAGGAUACAUGGGACUUUACUUCCAGAAAUCACAUCACUUUGGGUGUCUUAACAGAUGGUCUUGGGGGAUAAUUCUAGCUUAUCACAAUACGGGUCUCAUUUUCAGAGUUUUGGCCAUCCUUUCCAUAAUAAUACUUCCUAAUAACAUCCUUUAAUAAUAAUAAUACCAGUGAGUUAAAUAAUAAGAUUUGGGAACAUGGCAACAAUGCUCAAAAGAAGUCAGACAGGCUUUAAACGAACCUAUUUGGAAGAGACUUGUGACAGUGUAAUACUUACUAUAUACUAGUGUAAUACAGUGUAAUACUUGUGACAGUGUAAAGUUGUGAAACCUGAACUUAACAUUUUCAGUCAGGGUCAAGUUGGGGCUGUUUUGUUACUUAAUGUUUGGGACUUGAGUCUGUUAUUUUCAAUAAAUUCAUCAUCUGGAUGUGUUUUAAGAAGAUAAACCUUGUCCAGCCAAUGCAUUAGCAUGGAGCUUUGGGUCCUGGGUUGGCUCAAAUUUGAUGGGUCAAACCAGUUGGGUUCGGUGUAAAAGACAUGGGGGAGGGCUUGGCUCUGGUCUUAGUUUUUGGCCCUUUAGGUGUCCACACUGUCAAAUGAGGAGUUAUUAGUAACAAUUCAGGUGGUUUCACUUUUGGUUUUACCUCCACACAAUGUGGUUUUCAUAACCUGGUUAAACUGAUUACUCAUUUCUUUUGCUCUGUUGCUGUGUUCCAACAUCCCAUUAUGUACAAGGUUAAAAUGAUACAAUGUUAGAUAUGGUUCUUGAAGUAUAAAACUGAGACCCAGACUGUAAGAUAUCAGAAUUAUCUGUCACUAACAUCAUCAUUCACAAUGUGGUGUUGCAUUAUUUGUAUUCCUGAAGGUCAAAGUCUUCCCAUAAAAGCUGUAUUGUUCAACUCUAUGAUCAAGAUCAAGAGCUAUGUCUGACCCUUGUAUCAGUGAUACUCUUAAUACACAGCCUAGAUUUUCUUGUGGCACACCAACAUGAUUGCUGGUGAUUAUGAUGAAUGAUUGUUUGGGUAAUUAUUUCCAAUCUUACCACUGUAACUUUAAUAUUCCCUUCUACCUGUCCUUACUGUUUAAGAAGGCUGUCAAGGGAGACAAAAAAGAAGAUUCUGUUGUCUCUAAUUAAGACAGCUUGACUUUGCUACUUACUGCCUUUGCCUUCUAUUACACUUUGUCUGACAAAUAACUUUGCAAUUCAUUUUGUUGGGACUUCAGGAGUGAAAUAGUGAUGGGAGGGUGAUGACUACUGUGCCAGGAAAGACAGGCUGCCGGAGUAAGAAAGGCUGGAUCAUAUCUUUCUCUCCAGGCUCAUCAUGGGAGAUCAUCCCGUGACUUUUAACUCAGUCAUAAGGAUUUCAGACUGCUGAUCUGACUGUGGAGAUUUUACCACAGCAAUGUAACGUCCGGGAAUACACUAACCACCUGUACAUUGUUAUAAAAUGCCUUGUAUCUGGUAUUUUUCUAGGUCUGAUAUAGCUUGAUUAAUGCUGGAAUCCUUGUGCAACUUACAUUUCAUGGUUUAUGGUUUUUAUUUCAUUUUAACAGGACAGGGCUAACCAUUUUAUUGGUUGUUUACAUUAUGUAUUGUGUGUAGAUAUGUUUUUGUGUUCUUACCCUGGGUUUCCUGCCUUCUUGAGGGGGUCCUGUACAUAUUGCUAUUUAUUUCAUAUGAAAUGAGUGUGUGUGUGAGAGAGAGUGAAAGCGUGUGACGUGAAGGAUUAUUGGAGCAUUUGUUCAUUUAAAAUGCAGACACUCACCAUGUUUUUGUACCUUGUAAUGUUGAAUAAGCAGAUGAUAGCCAGUCCACACUGUGUGGCUCUACAUAUAAGUCUGCACUUGAGUAAGAACAACAAGAGCACCAUCCUGUCUUCUGCACUGUCUUUUUGGCCUUAGAUUAAUCACAGUCACAUCCUCUCUAUUCAUGUCUGCGCCAUGCUGCUGUUUUCUUUCUUUGUUUUGGAAAGAAAGUGCAGCGAGAUGAAUAAUUCAGAUUGGUGUUCCAUAAAGAAUCCUCUGAGAGGGAAGGCUUUUUUUGAAAAGCCUGUCUUGAAUUGCUGCAAACAAACUGAACUGAGGAAAAGCUUUUUCAUUAAUUAAGCCAACACAGACAAAUCUGGUUUAAGAACAGCCACUGCAUUACUUUCAAACACAGACCUGAAACAUCAUGCACAGAUCACAUCACUUCACAAUAAAUGUAAAGACAAAACUAUGAUUGUCUGUUAUGUCAAAGACAAAUUUGAUGUAUAAAAUUGGCCCCAAAAUAAGAUAAGUUUCUAAUCUGACUGAGGAUCAGUUGAAUUAUACUACUUUACUUGGUUUGUACAAGUGACAUAAUAACAUUCAUAUGGAGGAAGUGUUGAUUGUGUUGACUGAUUGUCUCUUACUUAUUUUACUAUUAGUAUUUCUGGCGAUCUGUACAGGGUGUACCCUGCCUCACGCCCAAUGUCAGCUGGGAUAGGCUCCAGCCCUCCUGCUAACAACUAAUUACUAGUAAACACCAAGUACAGCUGAGGCUGGGAAUGUCAUACCAAUUGCAAGUAUUUGAUUUUAAUUAUUUUAAGUAUUGGACAAAUCAAAUUUUGAUCUGAUGAUGGCCAGAGUUCUAAUAAUAUAAACAUGAAUCCCCCAAUAGUUUAAAAAAAAAAACCUUUUAAUCUUUCAACAAAGUGGAGGCAAAAGAGACAAUCACUAAAGUUAGUAGGAUACAUCAUCUGGAAACCAUGAAUGACGCAUUGCCGCAAUGCUGCAUUUUACAUUUUAAGACAUUCCACUGAAUAAGUGAAAAUUUGACCUGCUGGUUGUACCACAUGAAAACGUAGGUGAUCACCAAUGUCAGUAAGGUUCAUCAUUUGGGCACCAUCAAUUUUUUAUGGCAAUUCAUCAAGUAGUUGUUGAGAUGUUUCAGUCUGGACCAAAGUGGUGGACUAACCAAACCUGCUUCAGAGACAGAAUUUCCUGGAAAGCCUGAUUCACUGAGCAACUAGUGAUGGUACUUUAUGAAACAAACAUCUGAUUCGCUGUAAGAGACGCAACAAAGUGUUCAGUGGAGGAGAUGAUUGAUGGAUACGGGAUGAAAAAUGAUGGCACUGACAGUUUUCCUCUAGUUUGGUUUGAAAGCACCUGAUGGUUGUAGUGUGUUUUUGUGAUUGUGGUGCUAUCACAAUGACAACAUCAGCUCUCACCAAUGACUAUGACCAUCCCUUAGCUUUGUAACUGAUGACAAAAUGUUGUUUUCACCCAUUCACACUGUCUACAUCAUGUGCAUGUUUUGGAGAAAAAUAAAGUCCAUUACUUACUUA